AUGGCGGAACAUCAGGAGAAGCGGCAGCUGGUGCUUCGGCGCACGUCACUGCUGGCAUCGUUGGCUCGAGCGGGACAAUUCCUGGAGGCAUACGAAGAAGAGCGGGAUAGGCUAGAGGUGGCACUGCGAAUCAAAAAUCUGGAUACGAUUCGGCAGAGCCUUGAAGACAUUCAGGCGGUUCUGGAAGGCAUCGAGGAGUCAAACGCAGGCUGGUCUGCUUUCGAAAUUGCCGUCGUGCAUUCCUACUGGCAAUUCCAAUCCUACCCCCCUAUGGUUUCCUCCAGUAUCAAGGGUCUUAAGCUUCCGACGAUUACUCUGCCUGAAUUCAACGGGGAUUACAACGAGUGCUUGGCCUUCCAUGACAUCUUUCUGGCGUUGAUCCACUCGAACCAGGACGUUCCAGAUAUCGAAAAAUGCCACUACCUGAAGUCAUCAUUAAUUGAAGAAGCUGCUCAGGUCGUCGAGUCAUUCGCGAUUAGUGCUGCCAACUAUCCACUGGCCUGGCAGGCACUGGUGAGCAGAUAUGCAAACGAAUACCUCCUCAAGAAGCGACACCUGCAGGCUAUGUUAGAGAUCCAAUGGGUGAAGAAGGAGACGACAGCUUCGUUGCACGGAAUCGUUGAAGAAUUCGAGCGGCAUACCAAAACUCUACGGCAGCUCGGUGAACCAAGGCGUGGGAAGAUCAUGCAUCAACGACCGAGAACCCAACCUACGAUGCACUCAUUGAGUUCCUGCAUCGGCGCAUCCGUGUACUGGAGUCCAUUUCGGUCAAUCACGCUCAACCUCUGCCACACGGUCGAUAGUCCUCCCAUCAAGUGUUAUGCUUGUGAACAGCGCCAUCCGUUGGUGAAGUGCAUGAAGUUCGAGAAAAUGAGUGCAGCUGACCGGCUGACCCUGGUCAACGUGAAUCGGCUUUGCUUGAACUGUUUCCGGUCUGAUCAUUUCUCGAGGAACUGUCCGUCGAGAUACACGUGCAGGUUUUGCAAGAGGCGUCAUCAUUCUCUACUCCAUUCUGGAUUCGGAGACAAUCCAAUUACAUCCGAAUCAAGUAAUGAGACGCAGGUGUCUGCCGACGUAAAUCUGGCCUCAGCGAGUGACGAGUCAACAUCGUCCGUUCUAUCGGCAGCCGCAUCCACCCAACCAACGGAGACCGACUGCAGUCUACAGCCUCAAGAGAUUGAGAGAAACGUUUUCAUGCUAACAGCAAUCGUUGUGGUCGUUGAUCGCUAUGGCAAGGAGCACUUGACACGUGCUCUGUUGGAUUUUGAAUCCCAACCCAACCUGAUUACCAAGAAGAUGGCUCAAUUACUAAGGCUGAAGCGAAGCAAGACGAAAGUUCUUGUCCAGGGAAUUGGUCCACAACCACAGAACGUUCACGUUCAGAUCCGGUUCAGGAAGGAGAACUUUUCCGUGGAUGCCGAUUUCCUGAUUCUUCCGAAGGUCACUCCUGAAAUACCCGUCCACAAUGUUCCAGUAGAUCAUUGGAACCUUCCACCGAAGCUCUUCCUGGCUGAUCCCCAGUUCCAUAAGCGUGUGAUCAAUCACUAG